AUGAUGUUGUACGGAGGAGGAGCAGGGAAAGACGGUGGAUCCACCAAUCACAUAUCAGACGGAGGAGGAGUAGUACUCAAGAAAGGCCCCUGGACGGCGGCGGAAGAUGAGAUACUUGCUGCUUACGUUAGAGAAAACGGCGAAGGAAACUGGAACGCCGUUCAGAAGAACACGGGCUUGGCUCGUUGCGGCAAAAGCUGCCGUCUCCGAUGGGCCAAUCACCUCCGACCAAACCUCAAAAAAGGCUCUUUCACCGGCGACGAAGAACGUCUCAUUAUCCAGCUUCAUGCUCAGCUCGGUAACAAAUGGGCUCGCAUGGCCGCUCAGUUACCGGGAAGAACAGAUAACGAGAUCAAGAACUAUUGGAACACGCGGUUGAAACGCCUCCAACGCCAAGGACUUCCUCUUUAUCCUCCUGAUAUUAUCCCUAACCAUCAACUCCAUCCACAUCCACAUCAUCAACAACAUAACCAUCACAAUCACCAUCAUCAUCAUCAUCAACAACAACAACAGCAACAUCAUCAUCAACAAUUGUAUUUUCAGCCACAAUCCUCACAACCAAACACACCUUCCUCUUCUCCUCUUCCAUCUCCAACACCAGUACUAAACCCUUCAUUGUCUUUCAAUUUCCAUACCACAACCGCAUCAACUGCUAAUCUCCUCCAUCCUCUUAGCCCUCACACUCCAAACACACCGCAAACCCCUUCCCAACUAUCUUCCACACCGCCUCCACCGCCACUUUCCUCUCCUUUAUCAUCACCUCGCAACAACCAAUACCCGACUCUUCCUCUCUUCGCCCUCCCACGUUCCCAAAUCAACAACAACAACAACAACAACGCCAAUUUCACUUUCCCUAGACCCCCACCUCUCCUCCAACCGCCUUCAUCGCUCCUCGCCAAACGCUACAACAAUGCUAACUGCAUCAACCGCGUCUCAACCGCACCUUUUUCCCCUGUUUCCCGAGACUCUUACACUUCCUUCCUCACAAUACCUUACUCUUCCCCGACCGCUCAAACCGCUAUUUACCAUAACACUAACAACAAUUACUCUUCCUCCCCUUCUUUCUCUCUAAACCCUUCUCCUUCUUCUUACCCUGCAGCAACUUCUUCCCCACGCUUUCUUCACUCCCAUUACAAUCCUUCUUCUUCCACCACCUUUCAAUCUAACAACCCGGUUUACUCCAUGAAACAAGAGCUCCCUUCAAACCAAAUUUCCCAAGUACAUUCAUUUAAUGCCAACAACUUCACAGGCAAUGAGAAACAGAACAGUACAGUACUUCACAGAAGAAGUAUUAGCUGCAGCCUCUUGGAGGAUGUUCUUGAAGAAGCCGAAGCUCUAGCUGGUGGAGGCGAAGACCGACCUCCAAAACGGAGACAACUCACAGCUUCUCCACCAAACCACCAUAACCACAACAACAGCAAUGACAGCUUCUUCUCGGUUAGCUUCGGACAAUAUGAUUCUUCUGAAAACUUAUGUUCCUUACAAGAUUUGAAAUCAAAGGAAGAAGAGUCUCUUCAAAUGAACACAAUGCAAGAGGACAUAGCUAAGCUUCUUGAUUGGGGGAGUGAUAGUGGAGAGAUCUCUAAUGGACAGUCAUCUGUUGUCACUGACGACAAUCUUGUUCUUGAUGUUCAACAAUUCGCUUCACUGUUCCCGGCUGAUUCUACAGCUCCAGCAACCGCAACAAACGACGAAAACAACAACAAUAAUUGCUCAUGGGAUGACUUGCAUGGAAUCAGCUAG